AUGGAUAUCGAAUGUGAUAAGUCAAUACCAAUAGCACUUGACCACGAAAAUAACUCGCAUUUAGAUGACAGUGUAAAACAAUCUCCAGUCGCAACGUCACAUGAAAAUCCAAACGUAAGAGCCUUCAGAAAAUCCGGGAGAAUUCGACAACGACGUGCACAAGAAAGUGAAGAGGCUAGAAAGGAACGACAACAGAAUGCAAGACGAGCGAAAAGACGAAAAGAACAAGAAACGGGUGAUGAACGACACGAACGACAAGUAAAAGAUACAAUUCUUCAUCAACAUUGUUGA